UCAUUUCUACCUGACACACCCCUCUCUCUAUCCUCUUCUACUAAUCUACCAAAUCCCCAUGCCAUCAACGGCUAUGCUUAUGCUUAUCUCACUCAUUCCCAUACAUACCAACCACUGACACUAACUGUGACAGUGAAUAUUUAUCUAUCUGGUCAAGCUGACCUAAGCAGUGGGGCCACCAUAUGAAGGGCUGGACCCAUUGUUUUGUCACCGACGGGCUCACUAAUAUAUGAGUGCAGUAGCAGUACUAGUACAACAUGUCUGCUCACCUCACCCCAUCUUUUUCUUCCUUCUUAUUCACUGUCACUUCUCAAGCAACACUCACAUUGUCGCAUAACACAACACAAUAUAGUAAUAUUCCACUCCCUCAACGUACGCUCUGCCCUUCUCUUCACCUACACUUCCCCACUUCCUAAUUAGCCCUCUUCUUUACCUCUUACAUGCUGAUACUGCUAUAGGUAACAAACUUGUUUAUCACAAGAGGAGAAGUGAUAAAUUCCCAGCUGCUGGUUUGUCAAUGGGUUUUUCCUCUCUCCACGUCUGCAUGGACUCAUCAAAUCACUGGAUGCAGGGAAAAAAGACAAGGGGGAGAGAGAAGGAGUUGGAGAAUUAGCAGAAGAAUAAAAAGAAAAGGGACCCAAUCCAAAAUGAGAUAAGCAUGUAGAAACUAUGACAGGAAUAAUUCACGAGGAGUGUGGUGGGGUGGAUUCUUCUUCACCCUCUGGCGACAUGCUUCCAUGCUCGAGGCCAAUGACAGAGAGAAGGCUAAGACCCCCGCAAGAGCAAUCCCUCAAGUGCCCUAGGUGUGAAUCAACACACACCAAGUUCUGCUACUACAACAACUACAGCCUCACUCAGCCCAGGUACUUCUGCAAGACAUGUAGAAGGUACUGGACCAAAGGAGGCACUCUUAGGAACAUUCCUGUUGGUGGUGGUUGCAGAAAGAACAAGAAAGUUUCUACUAAGAAAAUCAUUAAUGACCAACACCAACCAGCUAUUAGUACUCAAAACCAAGUACACCACCCUGGACCCUCUUAUCUUCAUAAUCACAAAGAUCUUCAACUUCCCUACCUUGAUGUGCAAUUUUCUCACCUCAACAAUUUGCUUGGGACUAAUGCUGGUGCACUUGGAAACCCUACUUUUAUGGAGAGUAAGUAUAACAUGGGCAUGCUUGAGAACCCUAGGCCUAUUGACUUCAUGGAAAGCAGGUUGGAUGGUAUGAAUAUGAUUAGGGGUUCCACUAGGAGUUUUGAGCUUCUUGAAAAUAGUGAUAUGACUGUUGGGUUUGGUGAUGUGAGUGGCUACAAUGGAUCGCCAUUGAAUUAUCAAGCUAUUUCCUCUUCAGCAUUUGGAGGUAUGUCCCUUGAUGGAAACAUUAGCAAUGUUGGAACUUAUAUAAUGGACUCUUGCCAGCGACUUAUGUUGCCCUAUGAUGGAGGUGACAACACCCUUAAUGGUUCAAUUGAUGUGAAGCCAAACCCUAAGCUGUUGUCCCUUGAAUGGCAAGAUCAUCAGGGUUGCUCUGGUGCUGAAAAAGUGUCAUUGGGAUAUCUUGAUGGAUCAGGGUCAUCAUGGACCGGCUAUGGAUCUUCCACAACAAACCCUUUGGUCUAGAGCUAAUAAUUAAUCUUCUCUUAUCAUGAAUUAAUCAUGCAGAUACAUGAUCAAAGGUGGUGAUAAGCUCUCUCCAGGCUUGGGUUUGGUAUGUAUAAUGAGCUAAUAAUAAAGCAUUAAAGCCUUUUUGGUUGGAGGGUUCGUUUACUUCUUUAUAUUUAUCUUUGGUAGUGUUUCUUUCUGCCAAGUUGGUCUUUGUUUGGUAUUGACUUAACAAAAAAGAGUGUGAAUGGGGAAGCUUCAGUGUCCAACUGCCUUUAGAUUCUUCUUGUCUUUGUGUGCGCAGCAGCUCUCUGAAAGCUUUAGAAUUUGUUGUAACUUCGAGGAUGAUAUGUUAGUUCUUUUCAUGUUGAAGAAAAUGCGCAGUAGUGCUAUAUUAUAUUUGUUUC